UGUUUUGUGUAAAGACAAACACCAUUCUUUUUUUAUCAACUCCUCUUUUUCUAUCUUUCACUCUCUCUCCCCCACUCUCUUAAUUACUCUUCACCAUUUACACAUCAACAACAACAACUCACACAUCCCAUCAUCUUCUUCCUCUUCAAUCUCACUUCAAUCUCACUUCAAUCCACAAUUUUACACUAUUCACUCUUACACUAUUUUCUUUCAAUUAUUUCACCCAAUUAAAAAAAAAACCUUGAAAAAAUACAAAAAACCCCAUCAAAUAAUGGACAUAGAAAGACCUCAUAGAACAACAAGCACACCCACAACUACAAGUGAACUCUUCAUUUGCUUCACUUCUCGCCUUUCUAAGUCUUCUUCUAUGCGCCUCUCUUCCAAAUCUAUCCUCAGCCCCGCCCGUGCUGCCGCCGUCUCCGAUAAUAAGGGUUCUCAAUCUCAUUCUCUCUCCACCUCCCUCAGCCGCCGCCUCCGCCACAACGGUAGUGUUAAAGGUGGAGCUCAAUCUCCAGCCAUGUUUCCCUCUUCGAAGAAAAACAAGGGCUCAUCUGGUUUUGCUGACAACCCUGAGCCUUCUUCACCUAAAGUCACCUGCAUUGGUCAGGUUAGAGUGAAGACUAAGAAGCAGGGGAAGAAGAUGAAGAUGCGGGCUUGCCGAAGCAAGCGCUUAAGCAGCGGCGUAGGUGGUGCUGCUGGUGGUGGAGAAACGAGUUUUCGACGAAUCGAACACUCUCAUUCUCAUGAAGGGAUAAACCAAGGACUCCAGAAUCAGCAGAAUCAACAAGAAUGUGGUUUGAAUCAUAGGAAUCAAAGGUGGGUCCAUCUUCCAUUGACAAUAUGUGAAGCUUUGAGAACAUUUGGGUCGGAGUUUAGCUGUUUGUUUCCCUGCAAAUCGUCUUGUUUUAGUGGUGGUGGUUUUUGCGGCGGUGGGGGAGACAAGGGGGAUAAAGCAGGGGAGGAGAGAGAAAUCCCAUCUCCGACUUCAUGUGCAGUGUUUCGGUGGUUAGUAUCUUUACAAGACGGAGAAGGCGACGGUGACGGCGGAGGGAAGAGGAGGAGGGAUAUAGAAUUGGUGGUGGGAGGUGAGGAGGAGGAAGAGGUCGAGAGGAGAGAGAAUAGGGUGAUGAUGAUGGAAAGGGACUGUUCUAGAAGACGGUCGAUAUUUGAUGAUAUGGAGUUUGAUGAUUUGUUUACCAAUAACAAUGUGAAGAAUAAUGAUAAUGGAAGUGGUGAGAUUAUUGAUAAUGAUGUUGAAUAUGGCGAUGGCGAUGAUGAUUGUGAUGAAAAGGGUGGUAGAGUUAGUGUAUGUGUUCCUCCUAAAAAUGCAUUGUUGUUAAUGAGGUGUAGAUCUGAUCCGUUGAAGAUGGCUUCGCUUUCGCGGAAGCUUUGGGAGGUUCCUCUUCCUCAACCAGAUGAUGAUGAUAAUGUUGAACAAGGAUUUAAGGAAGUUAAGGUUGUAGAGAGAGAAGCUGUUUCGGAUGAUGCAACAGAAGAAAUUGGAAAAGUGAAAACUGAGGAAAUUAGGGAAGAUAUGACAGAUGAAAUUAGGGAACAUAAAACAGAGGAAAUCCAGGAAGAUGAAACAUAUGAUAUUGGAGAGAUAAAACCAGAGGAAAAUAGAGAUGAAAAAACGGAGGAAGUUAGGGAGGAAAGAGAAUAUUUAGUUGAGGGGAAUGAGGAAAUUGAUCAGUGUUUGGAAACAGUUGAAGUUUUUCCUGAAUUUUUCGGAGAAGAACUGAAGGAAACAGAGGAAAAACAGAGUGUAGAAGACAGAGGAAUGUUAGAAGAGGAAGAAUGCGAAGCUUUGGAAGAAAUUCAGUUGAUUGAAGAUGAUAAUGAUGCAGAUGAGUGUUUAAUUGAGGCGUUAUUCGUUGAAGAGAAGGUUGAAGAUGAUAAAAAUGAGCAAGAUUUGGUUGUAAUUAAUUCAGAGGAAUCACUUCAAAAAUUAGCCAAGGCGGAAGAAGAAGAGAGAGAAAGUGUUGCAUUAUUAGAAACCGACGAACUUUCAAUUGUUCAUGAAGAAGAGGAAAGAGAAAGAGAAAGAGAAAGAGGUGAAAGAGGUGAAAGCAGUGACAUUUCUUCGUCUUCCUUGAAUUCUUCAGAAGAGUCAACAGCCGAGUCAAAAGAGAGAGAAGAUGAGGAAGAACAAGAACAAGAAGAAGAGAAAGACCAGGUUGAAGAACAAGUACAAGUUGAAGAAGAAGAAGAAGAAGCAAGGAAGUCAAUGGACGGAGAAAAUAAGAAGAAAACUUUGCCAGAUUGUUUGUUGUUAAUGAUGUGUGAGCCUAAGGUGUCAAUGGAAGUGUCCAAAGAAACAUGGGUUUGUAGCACUGAUUUCAUUCGGUGGUUACCGGAGCGCCACCAGAAGAAGGUGGCUAAUAAGACGGAUGGGCCAGGUGAUUCAACGACAAAGAAAAAUAAACCAGCGGCUGUGGCGGCGAUGCCUCCUCAUCUUGUCAAACAUGUCUCGGUUCAACGUUACGAACAAGCAGCUCAGCCUCCUAUUCAGCCAGGAAGGUCUUCAAUAUCUUUCCCAGCCGGUGGCGGGUCCGUGGCUAACUUACUAGAGCAGAAGCUAGUGAAAUGCGGCGGCUACAAGCCGUUCGUUUUGACAAGGUGUAAGUCUGCGCCCUUAAGAGAAAAAGGGGUUUUGAGCAGCAGGGUAUAAUUGCUGAUGGUAGUUCUGAACUCUAUGCAACUGCACUUACCACAGCACUGUUGUCUACUGCUUUUGCUUCAUUAUAAAUGACAUAAACCUUUUCCUUGUUAAAUGUUCUCUUGCCUCGAGUUUUUGUUACGUAUGUUGGUGUGAAUUUAACAAGUUUCAUGCAUACAAAAUCUGCACCUUAUGCAGCUGUUAUGCUGUAUUAAAGCGUGAUCAGCAAUUCAACUUUGAAAUACAUUUUACUCCUGUAUACUAAAUGGAUAACUGCACUAAUCUAGGACAGCAUAUAUUAAGUAGUUUGAUCAGUAUCAUUACUUUCCUAUUCAGAUUAGUGUGUGAUCUAUAAUGUAGUUACCGGUGUAAUGUUAUGGUCAGUCUGAUCAUGUAUUGACAUUCUAGUUAUCUUAAUGAAUAUAUAUUGUUCUGGUAA